AUAACAUGCUGCCUCAGUGGGACAAAGAGAUGCUAAUGGUAAGAAGGCUUUUUAUUCACACGGCUGAAUAGAAGAGUUCCAGGAACAAUGGCUUCAAAAGUCUCAUGCUUGUAUGUCCUCACAGUAGUUUGUUGGGCAAGUGCUCUUUGGUACUUAAGCGUAACACGUCCCACUUCAUCCUACACUGUCCACAGAACUUACGACAGCAUCUCAAUGGCUAGAAAAAAUGUCUCGUUUGGCAACAUAAGGACUCGACCAAUCAACCCCCAUUCAUUUGAUUUCCUCAUAAAUGAGCCUCAGAAGUGUGAGAACAAUGCUCCUUUUCUCAUUAUUCUCAUCAGCACCACUCACAAGGAAUUUGAUGCAAGACAAGCCAUUCGAGAGACGUGGGGAGAUGAGAACAACUUUAAAGGUAUUAAGAUCUCCACCCUCUUUCUUCUAGGGAAAAACACAGACUCUGUGUUAAACCAGAUGGUAGAGCAAGAAAGUCAAAUUUUCCAUGACAUUAUUGUGGAGGACUUCAUUGACUCCUAUCAUAAUCUGACUCUGAAAACCUUAAUGGGAAUGAGAUGGGUGGCCACAUUUUGCUCAAAAGCCAAGUAUGUCAUGAAAACAGACAGUGACAUUUUUGUAAAUAUGGACAACCUUAUUUACAAAUUGCUAAAACCCAACACCAAGCCAAGACGGAGGUACUUCACUGGUUAUGUCAUCAAUGGAGGCCCGAUAAGGGACGUCCGUAGUAAAUGGUACAUGCCUAGAGACUUGUAUCCAGAGAGUAACUACCCGCCAUUUUGCUCGGGCACCGGCUAUAUUUUUUCAGCUGAUGUAGCAGAGAUGAUUUACAAAACCUCCCUCCAUACUAGACUUCUUCAUCUUGAAGAUGUGUACGUGGGACUCUGUCUGCGGAAGCUUGGCAUUCAUCCUUUCCAAAACAGUGGCUUUAAUCAUUGGAAGAUGGCUUACAGCCUGUGCAGAUAUCGACGUGUUAUCACAGUGCAUCAGAUAUCUCCUGAAGAAAUGCACAGAAUCUGGAAUGACAUGUCAAGCAAAAAGCAUCUCAGAUGUUAG